UGCUCUCCUCUCCUCCUCUCUUUUUUACUUUCAUUUACCAUCCAUUUUCAUCUAUUGUAACAAUGACUUCUCCCAUCAUUCCUCUCAUCGAUGACAUCUCUAUUCUCUAUUCUGAGCCAAAGUUAGACGCUGCUCGCGCUCGUUGGGCCGACCUUGUCUCUCAGUUCGAACAACUCUAUGGUCGCGUGCCUGAUUUCAUUGCCCGCUCGCCUGGUCGUGUGAACCUCAUUGGUGAACAUAUUGACUAUGCUGGUUUCGGCGUCUUACCCAUGGCUAUCGAAAAUGACUGCCUAAUCGCUGUCGCGGUCGAUCAUACCAAUAACAAGGUCCAACUCGCAAAUGUUAACAGCAAGAAAUAUCCUACGCUUGAAUUCACACCGAAACCUAGACAGGAAGGCUAUGUCUCUAUUAAUCCUGAAGAACACGUCUGGAGUAAUUACUUUUCUGCUGGUUAUCGUGGUAUCCUUGAGGAACUUCGUAUUGAACAGCCCAAGGGAAUGCUUUGCCUUAUGAGCGGAACUGUCCCUACAGGUGCAGGACUUUCCUCUUCUUCUGCCUUUGUCUGCUGUGCUGUCAAUGCUACUGUCAAGGCUCAAGAGUCCCUACUGGAGAAGAGUAAGAUGCCUUCGGCGCAUGAGCUCGCCAUUAUUUCUAUUCGCUCUGAACGUUACGUCGGCACUAUGGGUGGCGGCAUGGACCAAGCCUGCUCUAUUCUCUCUAAACCUCAAUCAGCUCUUUUCAUCGAGUUUCAUCCUGUCCUCAAGGUCACACCUGUCUUUUUCCCUACAACUCAGCCACCCAUCGCUUUUGUGAUUGCAAACACAAUGGUCACCUCAGAUAAGGCAGUGACAGCUCCUGUUCGAUACAACCUACGAGUAGUCGAGACACGAGGCGCUGCCAGAAUCCUGGCACUUGCGUUAGGUAUCCCAAUCCCAGCCUCAGGAAAAUUGCAUUUGAAACAGGUCUUGGAUGCACAUUUUGAGAACAUUGGUUACCAAGCUGCAGGCAAGACCGAGGCGGAGGCCGAAAUCGAAAAGCUGGCGGAAAUGACCCAGAUUGUUGAGCGUGUCUUGGGAACAGAGGAGAUUCGAUCCGGUAUCAGCUUUGAAAAGAUGUGUGAAUUGGCCGAUAUUAGCAAAGAUGAAUUCACUAGACUAUAUAUCCAUCAACAGAUCCGUGCGGACACAUUCCAUUUGUAUCGCCGAGCCAAACAUGUCUACAGUGAAGAGAAACGUGUAGUACAGUUUAGGGAUACCUGUGAAAAAUCCAUGAAAAACCAGGAUUUGGCUUCAGAGACUCUUUUUUCACAGCUGGGUGAUCUCAUGAAUGCUUCGCAGGAUUCUUGCCACAAACUGUAUGACUGCUCAUGCGAUGAACUUGAAGAGCUGACGGCACUGGCGCGUCGCGCAGGCGCCUAUGGUUCAAGACUGACAGGCGCAGGGUGGGGCGGUGCAACAAUCUCGCUGAUCACAGAGGACAAAGUACCAGCGUUUAUCGCGUACUUGAAGAAGGAGUUCUAUGCUAAGCACUAUCCUGACCUGGGAGGCGCCGAGCUCGAUCGCGCAAUUUUUGCCACCGCACCCUCCAGUGGAGCUGCAACCUUUGUUGGACGCAUUUAAAAUUAAUAAUGAUAAUGAUAAAUUAAAUCACGUGC